GAUUAGCACGUUUCUAAUUGUUGCAUAAACAAUAAUAAUUAACAAUAUAUUUUCGACUAUUGUCGAAGCGUUUUGUUCGAUGCGAAUUGAUCGAAUGCGAUUUUUGUUCUAAAAAAUGAGUUUACCGAACUGCGAUAAGGAAAUAGAAGUUGAUAAUUCAAAUGAACGUGUCUCAUGUGUUUCUAAAGAAGUCACCCUGGAGGAUUCUGUCAGUGUAAUAGUACAUAUUAUUUUGGAUCUGGCAGCACGUAAGAGAAGAGAAGAAGCAAAAUCCUCUUCUUCUGAUUCCGAUGAGAAAUUGGGCGUGGACCCAGAAUCAUUGGCAUUAAGCGAAGAAAUGGUAGCAUUGGAUAAAGAAAAAAUUAAAAACAAGGAGAUUCUGAAAAAAAAUAAUAAGUUGAGAGAAUCAAUUCAAUUAAAAGUGACAGAAAAUGCGGAUAAUAUUGAAUAGAUCUUCAGACAAAGAUGAAUCCAUGACGGCUGAUGAUGAUGAUGAGUUUCGACCUGUAUCCAGCACUACAGAAAGAUUUUUAAAUUAUUCAUUACAGAACUGAAGAGUAUUUCAUAGCAAUGCGCAAUCGAAUUCUUCAGCUGCAGAAAAAGAGAUAAGCUAAUUAAUCAUUUAUACCUGAAGAUCUAUUUCUGGUGAAGGUCGUGUAUUGAGAAUAUAUACAUAUCUGAGAGAACAUUGAGAAAUUAAUAGUUACUAUUUAUACACAGGCUUUGGUGCAUGCUAUAGCAAGAGAAUAUGAUUUGACAUAUGCUAUAAAAGUUUGAAGACCAACAUAUAACGUGAUUUUAAUGCUUUGUAA